UUUAUUCAACAUAACCCCAAAAUUUAGCACGUAUGGUCCUUCCAGUUCCUUUAAAAUGUUGGCAGUGCAACCAUCACAAACUUCUGCAGCAAAAGAAACCUCGUUUCCCUUAAGCCCUGAAUAUAUAAAUUCUUCUGAUUGGGAACUAAGGCAUAUCAAUCAUUGCAGCAUGUCACAGUGCUCUAGUGGCUACAGUGUUCCUAACAGUUGUGAACAUUUUAAUUUGGGAGUCUACGAUGCUGAUGAAGAUGGAUGCAUGAUGUGGUCACAGGAUGUUAGUGGAAGUGGUCCAGAAGGUCCCGGAGAUGUGGAAACUUACUGGGAACAGCAAAGCGAAUUUCAAGGAGGUUACACGGAAGCAUUAUUUCUGUGGGAGAGUAUUGAACCUCUGUACCAGAAGCUGCACGCCUUUGUGUCCAAACAACUCUCCAGGCACUGCUUUUCUCAGGUCUACAAACAGCACUCAUUCCUGUUCCAUCUUCUCGGCACUGUAGCAGGCAAUGACUGGGCCUACAUUGCAGAUCAUGUAUUGUAUUUAGAAAGCUAUCAGCGCUUGCUUGCUUCAGUGACAAGGAAGGUAUUUGGAGGAAUGAAUGUGUACAAAGCAGCAGAAAACAUGACAGUUGAUCUAGGGCUUGGGCCACUUGCAGCAGAGUUCUGGGAGCAGACAUGGUUCAACUCCUCCUGUCCCGCACAUGUUAUUAGCUACUGUGAAAGUGGUAUAGCCAGAGUUAUUACUUGCAACUUAACAGGAUGGCCAGAGUACCUGGAUGCUUAUGAGUCAGUAAUGAGAAUCAAACAUAUUCAACUGGCAGAAAAGGAGAACACUUUCAUCCUCAGGGACAAUAACCAUUAUUCAUCAAUAUAUGAACACCAGUACGACACCAAAGUUACAGGGGUGCCCUGCGACACGUAUCCCUGUUAA